AUGAACUUCUUACAGAAAUGGCCAGAACCAGUAGUCCCAGUUCAACAUUUAUCAGACACUGGGAUACGAGUGAUCCCGGGACGCUACGUCAAGAAACCAUCAGAAAGGCCGUCCAAUGUCGAAUCAGCCGUGUCGGACAUCAACAUUCCAGUCAUUGAUCUACACGAAUUGUACUCGGAAGACCAAUUGCUCAGCCAGAGGGCUGCCAGCUUAAUAGACAGUGCCUGCCGCGAGUGGGGCUUCUUCCAGGUGGUGAACCACGGUGUCAGCCACGAUCUGAUGGUGCGUACCCGAGAGGCCUGGCGUGAAUUUUUUCACCUUCCCAUGGAGGAGAAGAAAAAAUACGCGAAUUCGCCGAGUACCUAUGAGGGAUACGGUAGCCGGCUUGGGGUGGAGAAGGGUAUAUCACUGGAUUGGAAUGACUAUUUCUUCCUUCAUUACCUUCCCAUGGCGAUUAGGGACCGGAAAAAGUGGCCUGCUCUCCCAGUCUCUUGCAGGGAAUUGAUUGAAAAGUACAGUGAAGAAGUGGUUAAACUUGGUGAGAAACUGAUGAAGAUUUUGUCAGUGAAUCUUGGACUGAGAGAGAACUAUCUUUCCGAAGCUUUUGGAGGAGACGACAAUGGUGCAUGCUUGAGGGUAAACUAUUACCCAAAAUGCCCACAACCAGAUCUUACAUUGGGUAUUUCACCUCAUUCUGAUCCUGGGAGCAUGACCCUUUUGUACCCAGAUGAAAAUGUAUCUGGACUCCAGGUCCGCCAUGGCACCAUCUGGCUAACGGUGAACCCACUUCCUAAUGCCUUCAUCAUCAACUUAGGGGAUCAACUUCAGGUGGUAAGCAAAGGAAAAUACAGGAGUGUAGAGCACAGAGUCAUAGUGAAUUCAGUGAAAGAGAGAGUGUCUCUUGCAUUCUUCUACAAUCCAAGGGGUGAAAUGCCCAUUAAACCUGCAGAAGAAUUAGUCAGUGAAGAACAUCCAGCACUGUAUCCCUGCAUGACUUUUGAUGAAUACAGACUCUAUAUUAGGAAAAGAGGUCCUUCUGGCAAAAUCCAAGUUGAAUCACUCAAAUCCCAUCCCUAG